UGGAUGUCCCCGCUGGCGGAGCCCCCCGCAAUCCUCCUCUGCUCCCCCGCCCGCCGCCGGGGCUUGCUGUCCCUGGCUGCUGCUGCUAAACCUCGCCCCGGAGCCCCGAGCCGGCACUGGAGGGGGAGGCAAAUCACACCCACCAAGGCAGCAGCACAGCGCUCGCUCUCCCUCCCGCCGCUUCUCCGUGCAGCUCGGACAUGGGGCCGAUCGCCUGCUGCAGCGCUUUGCUAGCCACCCUGCUGCCCUUGGUUAGCCGCGGGUUUGCUGACAGCGCCAGCUCAAGAGGUCACAGGCAGCUGCUGAGUGUGAACCAGCCUGGGGUUUGUCGCUACGGUUCUAAGCUCGAGUGCUGCUAUGGCUGGAGAAAGAACAAAGGGCACUGCGAAGCCACCUGUGAACAUGGGUGCAAGUAUGGCGAGUGCAUGGGGCCAAACAAUUGCAAAUGUUUUCCUGGAUUUACAGGGAAAACCUGCAGUCAAGAUACAAAUGAAUGUGGAUUGAAACCACGUCCUUGUGAGCAUAGAUGUAUGAACACCCAUGGCAGCUACAAGUGCUAUUGUCUCAAUGGCUACAUGCUCAUGCCAGAUGGCACGUGUGCAAAUUCCAGGACAUGUGCUAUGGUGAACUGCCAGUAUGGAUGCGAAGAAGUCAAAGAGGAGGUACGGUGUUUGUGUCCAUCAACUGGACUUCAGUUGGGACCAAAUGGAAGGACGUGUAUAGAUAUUGACGAGUGCUCCACUGGCAAAGCUAUUUGCUCUUAUAACCGCAGAUGUGUCAACACAUUUGGAAGCUACUAUUGCAAGUGUCAGAUUGGUUAUGAACUGAAAUAUGUCAGAGGCCAUUAUGACUGUGUAGAUAUAAAUGAAUGUGCUGCAAGUACACACAAGUGUAACGUCCAUGCAGGGUGCCUCAAUACUCAGGGAUCCUUCAAGUGCAAAUGUAAACAGGGCUACAGAGGUAGUGGAUUUGAAUGUUCUGUUAUCCCUGAACAUUUGGUGAAGGAAGUCACAAGAAUCCCUGGAGCCAUCAAGGACACAAUCAAGAAACUUCUUGCACACAAGAGCAGUGUGAAAAAACAUGAAGAGAUCAAGAAUGUGAUCCCAGAACCAGCCAUGACACCAGCUUCUAAGGUUCACUUGCCACCCUUCGACUAUGAAGAUGGUGUUUACAUUGGAGGGACCUAUGAUGAAGAGGAGAAAGAGCCUGAAGAUGCUGUAGAAGAGGAAGAGGAGGAAGAACAAGAGGACCUUGAGAACCAGAUUGGCCAUGAACAAAGCCUUAGAGGAGAUGUCUUUAUUCCUAAGGUUAAAGAAGCAGCUGCCUUUGGUCCUGUCCUGGCACAGAGAAAAGUUCCAGUAUCAAACCCAGAACAGGAAGUUGAUUGCAGCUUCAGUCAAGGGGUUUGUAACUGGAAACAAGAUACUGACGAUGACUUUGACUGGAAUCCUGCCGAUCGAGAUAAUGGUGAUGGAUAUUAUAUGGCAGUUCCAGCCUUUGUGGGGCACAAAAAGAAUGUUGGCCGUUUGAAACUUCUUCUGACUGACCUCAAGCCGAAGAGGAACUACUGUUUGAUUUUCAGUUAUCGCCUUGCUGGAGACAGGGUGGGGAAACUCAGAGUAUUCCUGGGCAGCCACAGAAGUGCUCCUGCCUGGGAGCAGAGCAGAGGAAAAGAUGAAAGGUGGAAGACUGGAAAAAUAGAAAUGCUUCAGGGAGCGGAGACUACUAAGAAUAUCAUUUUUGAAUCAGAACGAGGGAAGGGCAAAACUGGAGAAAUUGGAGUGGACGCUGUAACUUUGGUUUCAGGCUUGUGCCCUAAGGAUCUCUUGACAAGGGAUAACUGAGCUUGUUAUUUCUAUUCCUAUUUUAAUAUUUGCCUUACUAGUACUGUAUUUUGUUACAUCGUGACAGAUGAAAAUAAAUCUGGAAAAUAUCUUGAACUUAAUGCAAUAAUGCAAACUGACAUGCACAAAGUGUGCAAAAUACUUUUAAGCACACAUUUUUCUAUCUGAUACGCUAGUACUUGCUUUGAGCCUAGGACUACUGUAUUCUAUAAUUCAAGGUAAGGGUUUAUAACGUAUGGAGCUAUUUGUCUUGCUUUUCUACAGUAUGUAUGCUUUGUUUACAUAAAAUUCCUUUUUAAUGAUGUCUUUAUGGCUUAUAUUCCACUUUGUCCACUUCAAAGGAGCACAAAGCAGUAUUUAAGAGAACUUUAUUACCGCUAAUAACAUUUACAUGACCCAAGAACAACUUUUUUCCCCUAAGUGCCUCAACUGUGAUUAUUAACAGUGAUUAUUAACAAUAUAACAUUUUAUCUCAAACUGUAAUAUUUAUGUUUUUAAGUGUUUUUAGGAGAUUCAAUGGUCUUCACUGUGUUACCUCUUGUGUAGUCAUUUAUACCUCUGUAAAAAGGGUAUCAAACCCUAUAUAGUGGCAUGGCGCUCCUUCUGGUUGGGUGUGUCCACAGUUUUUUUUUAAAUAGUCCCAGCCCUGGUAUUGGGCCGUACCCCCAGGGCUUCCCCCCUGGAGGCAAUGGUUUCACCCUCUUGAUUGGCUCUGGCUCCAACUCUCCUGUUGGGCCUCUUAGCUUUUCAGAUCUCCUUCUGGGGGUUUAUCGCUGUCCAGUUGUAAGCCACUUCACCUAGUGGCCUAAGGGGGGGAUCCAGGCCCACCCACUACUCUAGUUCCCAGCCACACACCGCCCUGUCCUUUUAACUAACUGCUUUCAGUUCCCUGGGCCACUUCGUCACAGCCCCAGCCAGGGCUGGCUCCAGAACCCAGCACGCCAAGCGCGCACUUGGGGCGGCAUUUUGCCGGCAGGGCGGCAGGCAGCUCCGGC